GCACACCAAUAGCUAAACAGUGCAAAAGUCACCAAUCUAUCUGUCGUACCACCCAUUCAUUGAUUGAUCAUGUCAAGCACUGAGCACACCCGCGAACGGACACUCAGACACCACAAGAAACUCAAAGCAAAGAAGAAGCUCGGCGAGCCGGAAAUCGAAUUUAUCGUUGCGAUGUGGCCAUCGGUUGAUAUGAUGCGGACCGACGGCUGGAGCGGCGACAAGAUCGAAUCGGCCUUAGAAAGAUACUAUAUUGGUGCCCAGUAUUACCUUACGCCCAACAAUAACGCACCCCCCAGGAUGAUUGAGCAGUAUGGUGCCGACUGGGGACUGAAUGCCCGAGGUAUUUACUACCGCCAUUAUUAUUCUCCGGGGUGGGUAACUUCAGAUCACGAUCUCUGGCUACCGUCACUUGAUGGCAUCGAUUGGAAUCAUUUUAGUGAGUCCAGUCGCCGCUCGAGAGCAGAAACUUUCCUCAAGCAUGUUCUCAGCAAUGAACGAUGGAAGAAGAGCGAAUAUGCAUGGGAAGCCGACGCUUGGACAGAUGUUUUUGGUCAGGUGAAGAAUGACCCAGUGCUGGCCGUAGAUAAGCACGAAUACAACACCGUUAAGCUGAAGAGACCCAGUAGUGGAAAUUUGGACCAUGACCGCCUUGAAGCACUCCUGCUUCAUCGACAUUGUGGCCUUAUUUCUGAUGCACGCUGGGGGUACACAGACCUUGUUUUUCCAUUCGCAGUCUAUGAGGCUAAGGGAUGGGGUGGUGAUGCUCGAGAAGCACGUCAGCAGGGAUGUUCAGCAGGAGCUGUAUAUCUUGAUAUGCUAGAUAGCCUUGCUCAGCAGCCAGGAAAGGUGGGACAAAAGAACAAAGUAUAUCAAUCGGCAAAGAGUCGCAGGCAAAGCCAAGUCUUUCAUGUCCUGGUUGGCUACAAACGACCGCGGCAUGAAAUGGAGUAUGCGGGGCAUGAAGGAUUCAGCGAGUCAGUUUAUACUUUCCAGAGAAUCUGGAGCGAUCGUGUUGUAAGUAUACGGAAAGCCUGGGAACUCCUGUCGCUAGUUGACCAGAUACACCUUUGGGGAGCAACCGAUUUCCGAAAUUCUAUUAUCCAAUAUCUAAAACAAUGGCAUGAAUUCGGCAGGAGAUGUUAUGCCAAUGAUGUUGAUUUCCUGUUCCCAGAGCUCAACACAGACAGAGUCCCGCAAGAUGGGGAAGGGUAUUGUUUCAUACCCGCGGCUUCCCUACAACUUCCGGACUGGGCCAACUGGCUCUCGGAGGAAAUUCAUGGCAAAUUGCUGGAAAGAGUGGGGUUCCACUUCCGCGAAGCCUACCGAAGAGAUCUUUCGGCUCUGAGUGAUCAAUGGCCCGCGGCUAUUACAUGCGUACGUGGAGACUGUGGUCCACUGGGCACUCCAGGAUAUCCUAUUCUGUCCGAGGAAGAGAUGGUAGCGCACUAUCGCCUGGUCCACGGGACAGACGAUGAAACAAUAGCAGACCUCAUGCGCGUUUGCGGCGAAGCAAAAGCGUUUGAAAACGAUGGCAAUCCGCUGCAGGUAAGAAAGAGAAAGAGAUCAGAGAGCGGAGAACCUGGACCAUGCACGAAACAGUUGUGACAUCUGCUACGUGACUGUGGAUGCAUAGAUAUCAGUGUAAGGCAGGACGAAUCUCGAUGCACUUGGAUUAUAUAAUACGCAUUAACUAAUGGUUAGUUGAUUAAUGAUGGUUAAUGACAUGGGAGGAGGCAGCAUGUUUGAUAUCCCAGGCAAAGAUGGCAAAGAUGUGGUUUAGAUUGAUUGUAAAGGAGUGGGUAAGCGCAAACAUCUACACGCUGUUGCAUGUUUUUCUUCCCCUUUUUUUUGUCUUCCUUUUUCUUUUCUUCGUUAUUGCGUCAGUGUCUAGUACAGC